AUGUAUCGAACGUUAAUAAAUCGUUUGGUUUGUUCACGAGUUUAUCCAAGAGUUAAUAUUCAUUUAUCAACUCCAAAACUGGAACAAGCAUCGAGUAAACACGUUCAACAGACAAAAUCUAGUGAUACAAACGACGAAGUAAAAUUUGAUUAUGUUAAUAAUACAGGUAUUAUUCAAUUGAAUAAACCGAAAACAUUAAAUGCAUUAUCAUUAUCUAUGAUCCAUCAGAUUUAUCCCAAGAUGAAAGAAUGGGAAUCAGAUGGUAAAACGAAAUUAGUUAUUAUGAAAAGUACAACUUCAAAAGCAUUUUGUGCUGGUGGAGAUAUCAAAGCACUACUGGCAAGAACAUCCGAAGGUGAAAGACUGCGACGAGAAUUUUUCAGUGAAGAAUAUAAAUUAAAUCAUCUUAUUGGAAAUUAUAAAUUACCCUACAUAGCUAUUAUAAAUGGUAUAACUAUGGGAGGAGGUUGUGGUAUAUCGGUACAUGGACCAUUUCGAAUAGCAACUGAAACAACAACUAUUGCCAUGCCUGAGACAGCCAUAGGUUUAUUUCCCGAUGUUGGUGGAUCACAUUUUCUUCCACGUUUACCAUCUAAUCUUGGAGUGUUUCUUGGUUUAACAGGAUAUCGCUUACGAGGUAUUGAUAAUGUUCAUGCUGGUAUUGGAACUCAUUUUGUGCCAACAAAUAAAUUAGAAGAAAUCGAACGAAAACUAUUGGAAAUACCAAAUGUAAAUCAUGAAUCAGUGAAAGCAUUUUUGAAUCAACAUGCCAAUGUGACCAAUGCACAUGAAAAAUUUAGUUUGGAACGUGAAUUAUCUUUAAUCAAUGAAUUAUUUUCAAUCAACACAAAAGAUGUUGAAACUAUUUUUGAAAAAUUAAAAUUGAAUGGUUCAGAUUUUGCUUUAAAACAACUUUCAAUUCUUGAAAAAAUGAGUCCAACAUCGCUCAAAUUAACAUUUGAACAAAUAAAACGUGGUAAAAGUUUAAAUUUAAAAGAUUGUUUAAUCAUGGAAUAUCGUUUGGUUCAAAACGUCAUGAAUGGUCAUGAUUUUUUUGAAGGUGUUCGAGCAGUCCUGGUUGAUAAAGAUAACAAACCUCAAUGGAAACCGAAUUCAUUAAAAAAUGUUUCUGAUAAAGAAAUAGAACAAUAUUUUGAAAAACCUUCAUCCGAUGAAGAUUUGCAAUUAAUAUGA